AUCAUACAAUCCAAUAUACGUGUGGUUUAGUUUUACAACUCGCUUGGUUCCUCCAAGUCCAUGUAACGGGGUCCUUUCACAGAGGCUGAUGCAAUUUAUUUCUCCUGUAAAAUGUGUUUCAUGUAAAAACCACAAACCGCUGCUGUUCGCACCCCAAUUACAACGGUGUACAAUUCAAGUAAACAUCCGGUUUGUCUAACUUUUUCCCAACUUAAGAGAGUAAAUGAAUAUAUUCACAUGUUUGCGUUCAUGCCGUCGCUAUUUUGUGACGUCACAUUCGAACUCUUUUGUAGUCCUGUUAUACGGUUUGUAGUUCUCUGAGGAUCUCUGCGCUCCGUCUUCCUACUUUACUUUGAUGUGAAAUUAUGGGAAUUAUCCACUUCGUAGCUACUGCUUUAUCUGUAAUUACUUUAAAGUACAAUAAUAUAAAAAUGUAUUAAUUUACAGAGGUUGCACAGAAAAUGUAAUAUUAUUGAAUAAUGUGAUUUAUUUCUUUGAUUGUCCCACCUCACAUUAGAACUCUUUUGUAGUCCUCUUAUGUGGUUGGUUUGUGGUUCUAUGAGGAUCUCUGAGCUCCCUCUUCCUACUUUACUUUGAUGUGGAAUUAUGGAAAUUAUCCAAGGGCAAAAUCCAUGUAUUUAGAAUGCUUAAAGAACACACAGUGGCAGUUAUGGGCCGUAAAAGUGCCCCAAUAAGCUAACAAACUAAGCUAACUUCCAGAAAAGUUGAUAGGAAAACUGAAGGACAAGCUAAUGGACAGCAUACACAGUCAAUAUGGUGAGAAACAGAGAAUGGAAAUGACAUCCACUUCAUUACAUGGAUGGAUCGAUGUAGAGCUGCAACUAAUGAUUAUUUUCAUAAUCAAUUAAUCUGGUGAUUAUUUUCAUGAUUAAUCGAGUUUGGUCCAUAAAAUGUCAGAACAUGCUGAAGAAUGUUGAUCAGAGUUUGUCAAACCUUGAAAUGGUGAUGUUCUCAAAUGUCUUGUUUUUGUCCCCAAAUUAAAAUGAUUCAGUUUUUAAGGAUUUCUUUGUCAUAUGGAGCAAAGAAACCAGAUAAUAUUUACAUUUAAGAAGCUGAAACAAUCAGAAAUCUUGUUGUAAUCAUGAAAAAAGCUUCAAACUGAUUAAUCAAUUAUCAAAAUAGUUGAUGAUUAAUUUAGUAAUGGAUGAAUCGAGCAAUUGUUUCCGCUCUAGAUGGAUGUACUUUAUUGAUCCCAGUGAAAUUGUUACGUUACAGCAGUUAUAGACACCAGACCACAUCAGAAUAAAAAUAAUACUAUCAAACACAAAAUAUAUUCAAUAUUCUAACUAUAUAAACACAAGUGUUUGUUGAGAGUCCAAACUACUGUUUCUUCUAUAGCUAUUUUUACCGAGUAAUAUGAAAAGUACAUUCAUAAAAAAUAUUAAUUUACUGACAUUGCACACAAAUAUAUACACAUAUUUAUUAAUUACGAAUAAUGCGAUUGGAUUUCUUUGAUUUAUUGUCCCUUCACCCCCAAAAGAGCUGUUCGCGGAGUAGCAAACGGAACAGAGUGAGGCAUGUGUUGAAGAGACGAUCUUUUCUCCACACUGCACAACGCCCUUCAGUUCCGCUCAGAGGGGAAGUGACGCCGGCGCAGAAAAUGGCGUCCGCGGAGCCUGUAUGCUACUGCCGCUGCUGCUGUGGCUGGUUAGCGGUGUGAUCCGGAGCCCGAAUGCGGGGCGGUCUCUCCGUCUGGCAGGUGGAUGACAGUGGUAUGGCAGUGCACCGCUGUUGCACGCUUUCCUGAUUCCGGUAUCGAACCCGAAACUUCAUGUCCGAAGGCGCCAGAGCUGCCUGGUCGAAGAGGGGUUGUGGGGAUUCGCACCGCCGAGGUGAGACGGCUGGACGCGGCUGCUAGGCUAACGCUGCUCCUCGGGUGUAGCAGUGUCUGGUCUCCCGCUGCUCCCGUGAACCACAGCCGGGAUUCGUGAUAACCAGGGAAACAUAAACACAGGAAAUGCGAGCGGCCUCUUAGCACUCAGCCGUCAAAGCCUGUGAUUGUUGGCCCGGGCUCCAAAAGGUGAUUGACACUCAGAAAAGGGACUUUGUUAGCUUCUGCUGGACACAAGGGGCACUGUCCUCUGAUUGGCUCGGACAACCCCCUCUGACAUGCCCGUGGCCAAUCAGAGGUGUGUUAUGUCGGGGGCGGAUGUGGAGGUGUACCUAUCCCAGGUGCAUGAUGGGAGCGUGUCGUCGGGCUUCCGGGCGCUGUACGAGGAGCGUCUGCUGCUGGACGUCACGCUGUUGAUAGAGGAGCACCACUUCCAGGCCCACAAGGCGCUCCUGGCGACCCAGAGCGACUACUUCCGGGUCAUGUUCACCGCAGACAUGAGGGAGAGGGACCAGGACAAGAUCCACAUGAAGGGGCUGACGGCCGCUGGGUUCGGCCACAUCCUCCGCUUCAUGUACUACGGUUCUCUGGAGCUCAGCAUGCCCACGGUCCAAGAAAUCCUGCAGGCGGCCAUGUAUGUGCAGCUGACGGAGGUGGUGGAGUUCUGCUGCUCCUUCCUGCUGGCAAAGAUCUGCCUGGAGAACUGUGCCGAGGUCAUGCGCCUUCUGGAGGACUUCAGCGUGGGCGUGGAGGGCGUCCAGGAGCAGCUCGACAACUUCCUACUCGACAACUUUGUCCCGCUCAUGAGCCGCCCCGACUUCCUGUCCUACCUCAGCCUCGAGAGACUGCAGGCGUACCUGAACAGCGAUGCCCUGAGUCGUUUCCCGGAGAUCGAGUUGUAUGAGUCUGUUCAGUCGUGGCUGCGUCACGACCGGCGGCGCUGGAGGCACACGGACACCAUCGUGCAGUCCAUCCGCUUCUGUCUCAUGACGCCCGCCAACAUCUUUGAGAAGGUGAAGACGUCGGAGUUUUACCGUUACUCUCGACAGCUGAGGCAGGAGGUGGACCAGGCGCUCGGCUACUUCCACGACGUCAACCAGCAACCUCUGGUGGAGACGCACUCCAACCGCAUCCGCUCCGUGCGCCCGCAGACCGCCGUCUUCAGGGGAAUGAUCGGCCACAGUAUGGUCAACAGCAAGAUCCUGCUGCUGCAGCGACCAAAGGUAUGGUGGGAGCUGGAGGGGCCUCAGGUGCCGCUGCGGCCCGACUGUCUGGCCAUCGUCAACAACUUUGCCUUCCUGUUGGGCGGAGAAGAGCUGGGGCCUGACGGCGAGUUUCAUGCGUCCUCCAAAGUCUACCGCUACGACCCGCGGCAGAACUCAUGGCUGCGCAUGGCCGACAUGUUGGUGCCCAGGUCUGAGUUUGCCGUCGGCGUCAUUGGUAAGUUCAUUUACGCCGUGGCGGGACGCACGCGGGACGAGACCUUCUGCUCCACGGAGCGCUACGACAUCACAGAGGACCGCUGGGAGUUUGUGGACCCGUACCCCGUCAACAAGUACGGACACGAGGGGACGGUGCUCAACGGUAAACUGUACAUCACUGGUGGCAUCACGUCCUCCUCCACGUCCAAACAGGUGUGUGUGUUCGAUCCCGGGCGGGAGGCAGGAGGUGGGGGAGGAGGAGGGGGGAGCGCGGGAGGCUCGGACGCUCACAGGACCCGCGCUGGCCGCGGCCCACUGCUGCCCGGCACUCACGCCAGCUGCUGGGAGAACAAAUCCAAAAUGAACUACGCGCGCUGCUUCCACAAGAUGAUCUCCCACAACGGGAAGCUGUACGUGUUCGGGGGAGUGUGCGUGAUCCUGCGCGCGUCCUUUGAGUCGCAGGGCUGCCCGUCCACCGAGGUCUACGACCCCGACACGGACGAGUGGACCAUCCUCGCCUCCAUGCCCAUCGGCCGCAGCGGCCACGGCGUGGCAGUGUUGGACCGGCAGAUCAUGGUGCUGGGCGGCCUUUGUUACAACGGCCACUACAGUGACUCCAUCCUCACCUUCGACCCCGACGAAAACAAGUGGAAGGAGGACGAGUAUCCCAGAAUGCCUUGCAAACUGGACGGCCUGCAGGUGUGCAGCCUGCACUUCCCAGAGUACGUGCUGGAGCAUGUGAGACGCUGCAGCUGAGGUCCGCUCAACAACACGCUUCCCUUUUUAUAAGAACAUGAGACACUGACGCCACCUGCUGGGAGGCUGGGGUUUUACAGGUCACAGACUUUGAAAAGAAAAAAGAAAGCAGAGACGGGCACUUACGAGCAGUGUCAGCUCGUAGCACCGCUAACCUCGUGUUAGCGGUGGAAGCACGUCAGCGUUUUCACAAUUAGCUUUUUCUCAGAAAAUAACAUAUAAAAAAAGCAGGUGGGUAGAAUAAAGGUUUACGUUGGGACUGUGGUCAGUUUCCUGUUCUACUGCUCACCUGCUGUAUCUAAGCUCCAGUCAGAGUCACUGCAGAAACGCACUGGAAGCGUCAGAUUCAUUCAUUCAUUCAUUCAUAGAGGAAAUCCUGCGCACGUAUGUCUCGCUCUUUACAUCUGACGUUCACAGUAGCCGCGAAAGUGACCUCAGUUUUCUGAGCCGCCUCCUUUUAAUCUGUAAUCUGUACAAUACAUGCGUUCAAACGUGAAGAGAUCACAUUCUCACACACAUUAUUUAACUCAUAAUCGAUGAAGACGUUUUCUGAUUUUCCAGCUUCUUCAAUGUGAAUAUUUAUGGUUUUCUUUGCUCCACAGAACAAAAAAAUCAUACCAGGUUUAUUUAGACUUUAUGGACCAAACAACUCCGCCAUUCAUGGAGACAAUAACAAACCGGCGAAUCAGAUUUCUGAGCGUGUGCAGCCCUGAAACUGACAGCAAGCACACGUUUGGUUCUCUGAUUUAAUACAGGGAUGAAAAUAGGAUAAAUGUCACUUCAUUGAACACGAUCUUAAAAACAUCAACACAACACAGUACUGUUACUUAUUUGUCAGUGAACCAAACUCGUCGGAAUGUACUCGCAGAUUUUGACGAGUUGAAAUCUAAUCAAAGCUGUUAUUUUAAAGUUUGAGGUGUUUAUUAGCCUGGGUCUACGAUGUCUACAGAACAUGUUUAUGUCUUUAUCUCACUGUUGCACAGGAAAAACCACUCGCUCUCCCACACCAAACCCCAGAGAGAAAAUCAGUUAUUUUAGCUAGCGGGGACACAGGAGCUGCUGGUCUACUGCUGCCUCGUGUGGUCACUUUGUGUCACUGAAGUGAAUCUGAACAAAAAAAUUCAAACAUAAUUUUCCAAAAUAACAUAUUUGAACUGAGUGAUCGAGGCAGCAGUGGAUCAACAGCUCCUGUGUGCUGUGAUGUUAAAAUCACUGAUUUUCUCUGUGGGGUUUGAUGUGGGAGAGUGAGUGGUUUAUAAAGUGACACAAACUUUGUGUGUACAACUCCGAGUGUUGACACAUGAGACGCAAGUGACUUUGUGCCAGUGUGAUGACACUAAACUGACGCCUGAAGACAUUAAAAACAUUAUCAAUUUAAAACAUUUAAAACAUUUUAGCAGCUUUUAUGUGUACACAGAGCAGAUUCUCUCUGUACGAGUCAUACAACCACACUUCAAAACCCCCCAAAUAUCCCUUUAACGACACAUUUUUAUUAAUUUUUUUCAAUAAAUUUUACUUUAUUGAAAAUUUUAUUUAUUUUUUCUGCAAGGAAGACCUUUCCACUGCAUAUAUUGUAUGUACAAUAUAUAUACAUAUGUAUGUAUAUACAUGCCUUUUAAAUGAAAGUUUACUCCAAAAAGUCAAAUAUGGUACAAACUAGACUAACUCCAGUGAAAACAUGUUGAGGAUUAGCUCCACACGACACAGUUUUAAUCUCCAGGACUUUAAUGUCGACGUAUUAAUGUAACUUCCUGUACAUCUUUUGAUCGCAGCAGUCAGUUGAUGAGUGGCAGCGCUGAGUGCGACACUUUCAGACAAAAACAAAUACCGUAAAAAUAAUAAUAUACACGAGCGGCUCACAGCACAGUGUGAGGUGCAGUGAAACAAUAGAACACUAUGUACUGUAGUGUAGUUUAGAGCCUGUCUCCAAAUACACACACAUAUAUAUGUGUAUAUAUAUAUAUAUAUGUAUGUACAGUAUAUAAACUCGCAGAGCAGAGUGUAGACUAAUGUAACUUCAAUCUGAUGCCGUCUGAAAAAAAACGCAGCAAAGAGAUCAUUCAGGUUCCGCUUCCAGUGCGUUCCAGCUUCUUUUUUUCCUCUAAACUUUGCUCAUGGUCACAUGACGUAUCUCUGUGCCCCCCCCCCCCCCCCCAUCAUCUUCUUCCACUUCCCAACGUCGUAUGAUUACAAACCUUAAAAGUUAUCACGACGACAGAGAUAACGGGAGUUCAGGUUUUUUAAGUGUGUGGUUGUAUUGAGGUUCUGACAUAUACUCGGUGUGAGCGCCCCCUGCUGCUGGGACGAGCCUAAAAGGGGCGAGACACUUGUAAGACAGACUUUUCGCAGAGGAAACUGAAGUUUGUAAACCACUCGCCCUCCCACACCAAACCCCAUAGAGAAAAUCACAGGAGCUGCUGGUCCUCUGCUGCCUCAUGUGGUCACUUUGUGUCACUGAGGUCAAUCUGAAUGAAGGAUUUUAAAUGCCCAUGUGACAAAAUAAGACAUUUGAACUUAGUGAUGUUGUUGAUCCACUGCUGCCUCCAUCACUAAGUUCCAAUGUCUUAUUUUGUCACUUAAGCAGUGAAAAUCUGUUGUUCAAAUUUACCUCAGUGACACAAAGUGACCACACGAGGCAGCAGAAGACCAGCAGCUCCUGUGUCCCUGUGAUCUUAAAUCACUGAUUUCUCUAUGGGGUUUGGUGUGGGAAAGUGAGUGGUUUACAAACUUCAGUUUCCUGUUGGAAAAGUCUGUCUCCCAGUGAGAUAAAGACGUGAACGUGUUCUUAUGCAAUUCCUGAUACAACCACACUUUGGGGGAAAAAAACCUAUAAAAAUAAAAACUGGGAAAUGAAAAAGUCACUGGAACGUCGAUGACUGUGUCGCCUGAUUCUGAAUCUUAAAAAACGACCUCUGUGUUGUCUUUGUGGACGAAAACGUGGAAACAUCAACGGUGAAUUUCCAGCCAAAUUUCUCUUCAAAGCCUCAAAGAUCAAAUGUUUUUCCUGUGUUUGUUUUCCUGUGAACACAUUUCAUGUCACGUUCCACAAAUAACAACCACCACCACCAGAGGUCAGUAUGAUGAAGGAAAAUUGACCAGCAGGUGUUUCCACAUCCAGUUUUUACGUUUUCUCUGUGUUUCCAACUCUUUUUCUUUUCUUUAUUUAAAUAUAUUUUAUUAAAACAUGAGCCAACUGUGAAAAGGGCUAGUGCACACACACACACACACUGCUGUUACGUUAUUUAUUUACGACGUGUUGCUUCUAAAUUAGCUCACGUACGUUUUAUUUAUUUACGACCACAAAGUUUUCAUUGCGACUCUUUGUUUUGUUUUUCGCAGUAUGCAAAUGAUUUUUCACAGUGGUUCCCAAACACUGGGUUGGGACCCACAGAUGGGUCAUGGGAGUAUUUUUUUGGGCCCACUAAACAAAGACAGAAAUUUCCCGAUUUCAAUGUUUUGUCCAGAUUUAUUUGUUUUUAAAAUAAAAUUCUUUGGGUCACGAUAUUUUUUUAUUAUUUUUGCAGCUUUAAAAUGUUUGGAGAAUUGUUUGGAUUUAUUUGUCGGCUGGUUUUCCGAGACCCAAAGUUGUCAGUGGGUGGCGCAUUUUUAUCGUCCUGGUAUGAAAACGUGCGCCCAAACUCCUCCACAAUGUCUCGUCACUGUUGACGAGGUUUGUGGGGGGGAGUUCGGGGGAAGGACGCCUCGUUUCCUACAUCCAAAAAUGUACAGACUCCACCCCCUAGCGUUGAACACACGGAACAACAGUUGAAAUGAACGGCAUGAUUUAAACUGCACCGAUGAAGUGUGUGAGAAGUAGUGACCUCUAAUGGUGAGACUGCAGAUUGUCACAAACUCAUGACUCCUCCCACCCUUUGCUGAGCAUUUAAGUGAACUACGGUGGCCCCACGGUCCAGAAAGGAUGUUGACUUUGACUGAUAUAAACUUUGGCAACAAAAUGAACGAUAACAAAAAUAGGACUCAUAAAAGUGUUCCCAUUUUAUGAGCUGAAUCAGCUGCUGCUCAUUGAACUGCACCAUCAACGUUACCGUGGAAACCUGGUCAAUGGCACCAAAAUUGGAAAUUAAGAUAAAAAAAAUGUUUUCAAUGCAUUUUCCUCCCAAUUUUCACAUCUUUUUGAAGAAAUUGUUUUUGAUUUAACUCCAUGAGCUUUUAGGAAUUGCACUGGUUUGGUAAAAAAAAAACUUCAUCUCCACAUUCCCAUUUUCCCGUGAGCUCCCGUCACUGUUGAAGAAGAAGAAACGUAACCACUCUUCCGUCUGUCCGUUAGGAAAGUAGAGGAGAGGAUUUAAGAAAAGAAAAAAGGGAAAGAUGGCGUACCUUUGCUCCAACGACGGAAGUGAAAUCAGAUUAACAUAAUCUUCUAUAAUCUGAUUAGAAAGUCUUUGGAAAUGAUUUGUAACUUUCCAGAAAUAAAUGUUCAUAUUGGUCAACUUU